AUGUUGAAGAAUUUUGGCUUUGGUACUGCUUGGACCAAGUGGAUAAAGGGCUGUAUUUCCUCUGCAAGAGUUUCAGUUCUUGUCAAUGGAUCACCGUUACCAGAAUUCUGUCCACAAAAAGGAUUAAGGCAAGGCAUUUCAGUAGGUGAUGCUGGAUUCAAUGUAUCUCACUUACAAUUUGUGGAUGACACAGUGAUUUUCUGUGAGGCAGAAUGGUCUGAAAUAUUGGCUAUUAAAAGAAUCCUUAGGUGCUUUGAAGUAAUCUCAAGUCUAAGGAUUAAUUUUUACAAAAGUGUUGUGUGUGGGGUGGGUGUGGCGGAUGAAUUGGUUGAAGAGUUUGCUGCAAAAUUGAAUUGUUUAAGUAAGAAGUUGCCUUUAAAGUAUCUGGGACUACCAUUGGGGGCCAGCCCUAGUAGGAGAUUGACUUGGAGGCCAGUUGUGGAGAAUUUCAAGAAGAAGUUGUCUAGCUGGAAAAGAAGAAUACUAUCUUUUGCCGGUAUAGUUACACAUAUUAAGUCUGUGCUGUCUGCAUUACCUGUGUAUUACAUGUCUUUUUUUAAAAUGCCAGAGUGUGUUUCAAAAGAGAUUGACAGGAUUCAAGCAUCAUUUUUGUGGGGUGACUCAGAGUAUAACAGGAAGCUCCAUCUAGUUCAGUGGAAAGAAGAGGAUGAGGCAUUGUGGAAGAUCGUUAUCUGUGGGAAGUAUGGCUCUAUUGUGGGAAGAUGGUUCCCUGAUCAGAUUGCUCAUGGCCAUGUAAUGGAGAAAGGAUUAGUUUCUGGAAAGAUAUUUGGUUGGGUUCAACAAAUCUAUCAAGUAGCUCGCAGGUCUAGUCAAUUUGGGUGGGGUUUCAAUUUCAGAAAAGCUCUUCGGGCUUGGGAAGAAGGUGAGUUGGACAGAUUUAUCAUUGCUUUGGGUUCUGGCCCUGUUCUAAGAAGUGAUUCAGCUGAUUGUUUGGGGUGGAAGUCCUUACAGUCAGGUACAUUCCAUAUUCAUCUUGUGUAUGAUUAG